UCGGAGUUCCGUAUUACGCGGGACUGUGGGGUUUUGUCUGCAUUUAUCUUGUCCUUCUCUCUGUUUGUGAACUUGGAAAACAGAUCAAAACCUGGUGUAGCUGCUGUUGUUGCUUGCAUGAUGCCAUUUAUGCUUGGAUUCUGCUUUCUCUGCCCUUCGAUGGAUUGCCUCUGGAGCAAACAACACCAUUGCCCUCAGUGUGGAAAUAAGGUUGCUGACUUUGGGAAAUCAGAUCCCUGUUUGGUGAUGGAUCCGCCACAGUGGAAGCAACCGAGCUUCGCACUCCCUGCAUGAUUUUUUUCUCUCUUAUUAAUAUCGAAUGUGAAGUUGAGUCGUUCUGUUGCAUGUACCUUAAAAAAAUUGAAGAUUCAGGAGAACACCUGUAAAACGUGUGAGGAAAGGAAUUGUAUACAAAGUCUAGUGAUUGGUAAAUUGAACCGUUUAUUGUC